AUGUCUCGUCAGUCCACUGUCACCUUUAAGACAGGGAGCCGAAGGGGCUUUAGUGCUGCCUCUGCCACCACCCCUGCUGCUGGACGCUCCCGCUUCAGCUCUGUCUCCAUGGUUCGCUCAUCUGGAGGCCAUGGAGGCUUAGGGAGGAUAAGCGGUGUGGGGACUGGCUUUGGCAGUCGCAGUCUCUACAAUCUGGAUGGGUCAAAGCGAAUCUCCAUCAGUGGGUCCAAUAGUGGCUUCCGUAGUGGAUUUGGUGGGAGAACAGGUGGCUAUGGCUUUGGUAGUGGCAUUAAAAGUGGACUUGGCUUUGGAGCUGGGGUUGGGGGUAGUUUUGGGGGUGCUGGGUUCCCCGUCUGCCCUCCUGGUGGCAUUCAAGAGGUCACUGUGAACCAGAGUCUACUGGCUCCUCUCAACCUGCAAAUUGACCCCACCAUUCAGAGGGUGAGGAAGGAGGAACGAGAGCAGAUCAAGACCCUCAACAACAAGUUUGCCUCUUUCAUUGACAAGGUGAGGUUCCUUGAACAGCAGAACAAGGUGCUGGACACAAAAUGGACACUGCUCCAGGAGCAGGGUGUGAAGACUGUGAAGCAGAAUCUGGAUCCACUUUUUGAAAGCUACAUCAGUGACCUCCGGAGGCAGCUAGACACUGUUACAAAUGAAAGGGGGAGGCUUGACUCUGAACUGAGGAACCUGCAGGAUGGUGUGGAAGAUCUUAAAGUCAAGUUCGAAGAUGAAAUUAACAGACGCACUGCUGCUGAGAAUGAGUUUGUGGCCCUGAAAAAGGAUGUUGAUGGCGCCUAUAUGAACAAGAUGAACUUAGAAGCCAAAGUCAACACCUUGGUAGACGAGAUAAACUUUCUACAGACCUUUUAUGAAAUGGAACUGUCCCAGAUGCAAACUCAGAUCUCCGACACUUCUGUGGUACUUUCUAUGGACAACAACCGAAGCCUGGACCUCGAUAGCAUCAUCGCUGAGGUCAAAGCUCAGUAUGAGGACAUUGCCAAUCGCAGCCGGGCAGAGGCAGAGUCUUGGUACCAGACCAAGUAUGAAGAGCUUCAGGUCACAGCUGGACGCCAUGGAGAUGACCUCCGCAACACCAAGCAUGAGAUUGCUGAGAUGAAUCGGAUGAUCCAGAGGUUGAGAGCAGAGAUCGACAGCGUCAAGAAGCAGUGUGCCACCUUGCAGACAGCCAUCGCUGAUGCUGAACAGCGUGGUGAGAUGGCUCUCAAGGAUGCCCGGGCCAAGCUGGUAGACCUUGAAGAUGCCCUGCAGAAAGCUAAGCAAGACAUGGCACGUCAGCUUCGGGAGUACCAAGAGCUGAUGAACGUCAAGCUAGCCCUGGAUAUAGAGAUUGCCACCUACAGGAAGUUGCUGGAAGGAGAGGAAUGCAGGUUGAGUGGAGAGGGAGUUGCUCCAGUCAAUAUCUCUGUGGUCACCUCUACUGUCUCCAGCGGCUAUGGCAGCGGCAGUGGUGUCGGCAGCACCGGCCUGGGUUUGGGUGGGAGUGCCAGCUACUCCUACACCACCAGUGGUGGGCACAGCCUGGGUGGGGGUUUGGGGAGCACUGGCUUCAGUGCUAGCAGUGGCCGAGGCCUGGGGGGCAGCUUUGGAAGUGGCAGCAAUUCCAGCGUUAAGUUUGUCUCCACCACCUCCUCUAGAAAGAGCUACAAGCAUUAGAUGCCCUCCAUCAAUAUCUCUCUCAAUUUCACUUCAUCCUGGAUCUUGGCUCAGACUUCUUACUACUGCCCACAUUCAGGGGUCAUCUCUCCAUUCCCAGAUGCCUAGGUCUUUUGGUAUUCUUUUCUCUUCCUUGCCAGCCAGUCAAGCCAUCCAUCUACCCAUUUGAUAUACUUUUGAUGCUGCUGAGGAACUGGGAGUCACAAUCACAGAUAGGUCUCCAAACCCUAACAUAGCUCAUUGGUUCUUAGAUAAGUCAUAGUCUAUUCAUAGACACUUAGCUCUGCUGUCCAAGAUAUAAUGGCAAAGCCAUUUCAAGACAAUUCAUUUCAACAAGCCUUUGCUAUGUGCAAAAAAAGCAGUGCUAAUUCCUGGGAUGUCCAAGUCACAAUUUAGUUUCAAAAGAUUCCCUUAAGACUUCUCUACAUGCAAGAAUAUAGGGGGGUGCCAUUUCUCUAAGGUCAUUUCCACAAGUGCUUUCAGAUGAGUUCCUCUUGUGGGAACAGUAUGUCCUGCUGAUAUAAUUUUGUUGGCUGCCCCAUCCUGUGGUUGUAUAUAAACUGCUCUCAGAAGGUAUUCCCUCCUUCCUUUGCCUUCAAGGAAAUUGUCUAUUAAAA